GAACCAUCAAUAUUUGGCUCUGGAACUAUAUCGUUCCCGCCAGGCAUCAUCACACUUUCCCCAUCCCAACCGCCUGGAUGUCACCCUAAUCCUUCAAAAUAGGUCGCAAACACAAACGCAAACAACAGACAGGGCAGCGCCCUCGAGCCCGGGAACGAACCAACAAGAUGGGCAACGAGAAUUCGAGUAUCGUCGACGAGAGCACCCCGCCCCAGACCCUCAAGGAUCGCAGCCUCACCUCUGUCGCCGAACUCAUCAAGAAUGGAGGGGCCCGGCGCAUUGUCGUCAUAACGGGCGCGGGUCUAUCUACUGCAGCCGGAAUUCCCGACUUCCGGUCCCCGAAGACAGGUCUUUACCACAACCUCGCGCGCCUCAACCUCCCCUACGCCGAAUGCGUCUUCGACAUCAGCUACUUCCGCGAGAACCCCCUGCCCUUCUACAUGCUCGCCAAGGAGCUCUACCCUGGUAAAUUCUCGCCAACGAUUUCCCACGUCUUCAUCGCUCUUCUCGCCAACAAGGGGCUACUGCGCAUGCUCUUCACCCAGAAUAUCGACUGUCUCGAACGCGUCGCCGGUGUCCCCGGACAUCGCAUCGUCGAGGCCCACGGCAGUUUCGCCACACAGCGCUGCAUCGACUGCAUGACGGAGUUUCCGGACAAGGAGAUGCGCGAGCACAUCGAGCGCGGCGCGCCGGCUCUUUGUGUGAGACCUGAAUGCCGCGGUUUGGUCAAGCCGGAUAUUGUCUUCUUCGGCGAGCAGCUUCCCUCGGCUUUCUUCGAGAAUCGCAGUGCACCCGCUUCCGCCGAUCUUCUGCUCGUUCUGGGAACGAGUCUUAGCGUCCAGCCGUUCGCGAGCCUUUCCAUCAUGGCCGCCGAGGGCGUUCCGCGCGUGCUUUUCAACAAGGAGAAAGUGGGCGACGUUGGCUCACGCGCGGAUGACGUUUUGUGCCUGGGCGACUGUGACUCCGGUGUGAGGAAGCUGGCCGACGAGCUGGGAUGGAGAGACGAGCUGGAGCAGAUGUGGCGCGACCUGGUGGGCGAGAAGGAGGCGGAGCGGCAACUGAGCAGCGUCAAGGAGCGAGAGGCGGACAUGGAGGACGAGAUGAAUCGACUAGUCGACAGUGUGGAGCAUAAGUUGGAGUUGGCUGACCAAGCAGACGAGGACGCAGUUGCUAACGCCCGCCAGGUUCAGGUUCCAGGCUUGGCUCCAGCGGAGGCGGGACAGGAAGGCCCGAAGACGACAGACAUUGGCUCGUCAGGCUCUCAGACUGGUACUUCGGUACAGGAUAAAAUGGCUGGUCGAGAGGGGUCUGAGGCAUCAUAUGCGGCGGCUGCGGCACAGGGCGAAGAUGGCGAUGAUGUUACCAAGGAUGCACGGGAAAAGGCAGAUUCGGCGAAGGAGCAACGACAACCACAACCUUCGAGUGAGUCGCAAGUAGGCCCAGACGCAGGAGCAGAUGGGGACAAGAAGAAGAACAAUGUUGGCUCUAGCUCUGAUGAAAAGCCGCCCGAGCCUCCUGGAACACCGCCGAAGCCGAAGCCUGUUAAGCCCCAAGUUACACCGUUCAUGACCACCGAGGAGGUCAAGGGAAGCUCUGUACUGUAAAGGUAGAUUAUAGAGAUGCGCUACUAGAUUAGAGAGCAGCAUCGGAGGCGAAUAUACCCAGGAUGCGUUGCCUACCAGCUAUGGAUGGACAUUAUGAAAUCGGUACAAUGACUCCGACUUGCCUAAUGUCACCAUGAGAAACUCUGCAAGGGUACUUUGGUCAUACCUUUAUCUAGUCUUGCUGGUUCAGAGACGAACGUCUUUGCUCUGCACACCUACCUAUUACCUAUGAAUAGCCC